AUGGAGAACGAUGUAUAUUAUAUCCUGUUGCUGAUGAUCUGUUAUCUGAUUGGCUGUACUGCUGAUGCUACGUCAUACAACAUCAAAACCGAUAUUGCCCGCUCACUUCUGCCAAAUAUUCCCGUUUCCAUGGUAACUAAUGCAACAAACAAAAUAGCCAUCACAAAGGUGGGUGUGUCAACAACGACUUUAGCAAUUCAGUGGAAAUAUUUACACACGUUUAACGGAACGCAUAAUCAAACUGUAGUCGGAUAUCUAUCUGGAAGCGCAAACGGACGUUUCAUUUCGGACAACCUGGACGUGUUACGGAACGAAUUUGAAUUCAGAAAUUUGCAAGCGGACACUAAAUACGACGUGUGUGUCGAAAUGCUGGAAUUAGGAAAGAAAGGACAGACGAUUUCUCAUUUCAAAUGCGUCGAGAUGAAAACGUUGGCAACGAUCCGUCAUGACAGCAUCAUAGCGAUGUUGAUAACGAUAGGGUAUUUGAUAUUCAUGGGCAUCGUGGGUUGUAUAGUGUGGCGACACCGUGUAUUGGUCAAUGAGCGAACCAGGCUGCAAGAGGAAGAGGUCGGGGAGAGCUCCACGGUCAGAUGGAAGGAUAUAGAGGAGAAACGAUGUUUAAACUCGAUUGAAGAUUCAGUGGAUGUUUAA